AUGGGCGUUCAGGCCCCCAAGGCCAAAAAGGAAUUUAGGAUUGUGUCAAUGCACGGAGAUAACCCCGAAUUUUGGACAAUUGAAAGUAUACCAGCAUCUCCAUCUGAGUCCUCUACUGAGCAUGCCCCCCCGUUCACAGAUAGCACGGAAGAUACCAGCGAUGUCUGGCCUCUUCAUGACGACCUCAAAAACAUCAGCCCAGAGAUCGAGCCCCCCAAUCGGACUAUGGAAGAUAACCUUGCGGGAAAGUCUCGACGUGGUUCCCUCGAUGCAUCGAUCUCCCUCCGCGAUUUGUAUCCGAAUUCGAUGAUAUGGUUCUUACCAUUCAAGACGCAGCGAGAAAUUUUGGUCAAUGUCCAGACCGUUCUUGAAGAGAGCUACGCCGACUUCGCUAGCCAGUGGAUCCCGGCAAUCUUACACGACCUUCGCCCUCAGGGUGCAUCUGCAGGAGACUCGCCGUUGACUACUGCCGCUGACAAGAAACUCUGUUAUCAACUUCCAAGCAAUGCGUUGGCAUUCCGUUCCGCCCAAAGUACCCGGCUAGCCUUCCGCUCGGCCAAGGAGCUUCGAGAAGCAAUAUUGGAACAAAACGCAUUGGACCUAUGGGAAAUCUAUAACAUCCUGGACUCCGCUACAACGAUAGCUGAAGGACUCUGCAACGAUACUGGGGCAAAAAGGAUUCGGGGUCUCAAGAAGGAAAUUGAACAAAGAGUGGAAACAUCGGAGGCAGCUGGAAGUGAGAUGCGCGGUCGUUUGACGUCGCAACUCAAAGACAUUCGUCGCCAAAGAGAAGAGAUAGACAGGAAGGAGGAUUUACUCACCUGUGAAAUGCUAGAGAAGAGGACUGAGGAAAAGGCUGUCUUGAGCCAAAAGAUUGAGGCGUACUUGGAAAGCAAUUUCGAGCAGGUGCAGAAAAGCCGAAAGACUUGA